AUGCCACUACUAGCAGUACGACUCGCUUGCAGUGGACUACUCGUGACGCUGUUGCUCGCCUUGCUGUUCGUAUUCACCUGCCGUCUGCUGAGCGCACGCACUGUGGCUAGUACAAGACUGCUAAGUCUCUGUAUGACGCUGUCGUUGCGCGCCACUCCUCCCUUGCCACUGCUGCCCUCAGCCGCCUCAUGCUGUCGUACUUGUUCCCUGACCUGGCCGCCUUUGCCACAGUCGCUGACCUCAUCACUCACCUCCGCACUAGUGACACCCGCUACCGCGCUGCGCUUCCCUCCAAGUUUCGCGCCAAGAACCCCCCCCCUUAUGUACAUCACCUUCGUCUACCUCGUCACCCGUCUCCCUGACUCUCUUCGCUCAGUCAGGGACCACUUUCUCUCCCUUUGCCCCACCGAGCUCACCGUCGACCUGCUCGAGGAGCGCCUCACUACAGCUGAGACUAGCAUAGUCGCUGUAGAAGCUUCUCGCGGCGACCCUCGCGCCCCUUUCUUUGAGGGGUGUUCCCCCGUUCCCCUUUUGCCCUCUGUUGCUUCUUCUGCUGCUAUCGACCUCGUUGGCACCGAGGAGCACCGUGGGGAGACGUGCCGGCUGCCACACACGACACAACGCUGUUUCGGUCGCCUGUCUGACGCCUGGCGCGCACAGUUUCCUGACGCCGCUGAGCUCCCUCGCUGGGCUGAUCUGCUUAAGUCUGGUGUUGCUAUCUUUGAUCUUGAUUUCGAUGCUAUCCUUGCUGCCAUGUAUGCUGUGACUAUUAGUGCUGAGGGUGACUGUUACCUAUGUGUUCCGCCCGACCCGGUCAUUGAGGUUGCUGCGCUAGGUGCUAGUGAGUCUGCUGCUCCAGGUACUAGUGAGUCUGCUCUCUCAGGUACUACGCCUGCUGAGGCCUUGCACAUGAUUGACUCAGGUGCCUCCCGCUCCUUCUUUCGCGACAGCACCACACUCACGCCGCUCAGUCGGCCGGUUGCAGUCUCCCUGGCGGACCCCUCUGGGGGCCCAGUCCUUGCGCACACCUCUAUGGUUCUGCCGUGUCUGGCGGACUUGUCUGGCUCACUAUCGGUCUUCACCUCCCCUCGUUCUCUACGAUCUUGGUGA